AUGCUCGUGGUUCUAGUGGUGGUGGGAGAGACCGGUUCGGGGAAAACAACUCAGCUCCCGCAGUACCUUCACGAGGUGGGGUACACGAAGGUGGGCAAGGUAGGUUGCACGCAGCCGAGAAGGGUGGCGGCGAUGUCGGUGGCGGCUCGCGUUUCUCAGGAGAUGGACAAGAAGCUCGGGCAGGAGGUCGGCUACAGCAUCCGGUUCGAGGACUGCACGAGCGACGCAACCGUCGUCAAGUACAUGACAGACGGCAUGCUCCUGCGUGAGCUGCUGACGGAGCCAGACCUCGGGGGCUACAGCGUCAUGAUGAUCGACGAGGCCCACGAGAGGACUCUUCACACGGACGUUUUGUUCGGCCUGGUGAAGGACAUCUCCAGAUUCAGACCGGACUUUAAGGCGAGCUCUUUUGGUGAUUUUUUGCGUUUCGGGUGGCUCAUCAUCUCGUCCGCCACUUUGGACGCCGAGAAGUUCUCCAAGUUCUUCGACGACGCCGUCAUCUUCAUCUUCCCGGGACACAUGUACCCCGUGGACAUCCUGUACACAAAAGCGCCGGAGGCGGACUACCUUGACGCCGCCGUAGUAACGGUACUGCAGGCACACAUCUCCCAGCCUGUCCCAGGGGACAUCCUUGUCUUCCUCACCGGCCAGGAGGAGAUCGAGACGUGCGCCGAAAUCCUCACGCAGCNCCCUUCCCCCCCCGGCCCCCUUUUUUUUUUUUUUCUUCAGGCACACAUCUCCCAGCCUGUCCCAGGGGACAUCCUUGUCUUCCUCACCGGCCAGGAGGAGAUCGAGACGUGCGCCGAAAUCCUCACGCAGCGCACCCGCGGGCUAGGCUCCCGCAUCAGGGAGCUGCUCGUGUGCCCCAUCUACGCCUCGCUCCCCUCGGACCAGCAGGCCAAGAUCUUCGAGCCGACCCCGCCGGGGUCCCGCAAGGUGGUCCUGGGCACCAACAUCGCCGAGACGUCGCUGACUAUCGACGGCAUCUGCUUCGUCGUCGACACGGGGUUUUGCAAGCAGAAAAGCUACAACCCCCGCUCGGGCAUGGAGAGCCUCAUCGUCACGCCCAUCAGCAAGGCCGCUUCCAGACAAAGUGGAGGGCGGACCCAGCCGGGAAAGUGCUUCCGGCUUUUCACGGCCUGGUCUUUCCAGCACGAGCUCGAGGACAACACCGUGCCAGAGAUCCAGCGGACCAACAUGGGCAACGUGGUGCUCCUGCUCAAGAGCCUGGGGAUCAACGACCUGCUGCACUUCGAGUUCAUGGACCCCCCGCCGCCGGAGACGCUGAUCCGCGCCCUAGAGCAGCUCUAUGCACUUGGCGCGCUGAACGACCGAGGGGAGCUGACGAAGUUGGGGAGGCGUAUGGCGGAGUUCCCGCUAGACCCGAUGCUGAGCAAGACCGUCAUCGCUGCGGAGAAGUACGGCUGUGUGGAAGAGGUGUUGAGCAUCUGCGCCAUGCUCUCGUGCGGCAACUCGGUGUUCUACAGGCCCAAGGACCAUGCCGUCCACGCCGACAACGCCAGGCUCAACUUCGCCCGGGGAGGGGGCGGCGAUCACGGGACCCUGAUGAGGGUGUACAACCAGUGGGUCGAAACCAACUACAGCACGCAGGAAAUUUUUGAGGAGCGUAUUCUGUCGUCUCUUUCCGACGGCCCCCUCCCGUUGCAGUGGUGCUACGAGAACUACGUGCAAGUGCGGAGCCUGAACCGAGCCCGGGACAUCCGGGAGCAGCUGGAGGGCCUCUGCGAGAGGGUGGAGGUGGAAAUCUCGAGCAACCCGACGGAAAUGGAAGGGAUCGCGAAGUCGGUGACGUCCGGGUUUUUCUACAACACCGCCAAGAUGUCCAAGUCGGGUGACUACAAGACCAUCAAGAACCAACACACUGUCUACAUCCACCCCAGCAGCGUUCUCCAUAAGCAGGAGUGCAUCGACAUCAAGCCCGAGUGGCUGGUGGAGAUCGCGCCGCACUACUAUAACGGCAAGGACAUCGCGGACAGCGCCGCCAAGAAGCUGCCCAAGGUGGUCGGGGCCGUUUCGAAGGCGCAAAAAAAGCCCGUGAAAAAUGUCGCAGCGUGAGAAACGGCGUGUUGCCAGCGCAAAUGAGUUGAGGGGCAUGUGUCGCCUGCCCGCCAGGGAGAGUUGCGUGCUUGCUGCCGAGUGUGAGGGUGGGUGGGCACGGUGAUAACGGUAGGUGAUACCAGGCGUCUGCUCGGUGAUAGUCGAGGCUGCAGCCUGCGCCGGUCCGACGGGCCUCGUUGCCUCGAAUGGAAACUGUUCUGUACCGUACCAUAUGCCACACGGGUAUCAAUCCCCAUGACUGUCCUGUGCGGAUAGUGGGGAAAAAGGCCUUCAGGGGGUGGCGCGGUGAUUACCGUUCAUUUGGCUGAUGCUGGCCCUUAAAUACCGUAAGGAUGCGGGCCUUGGCGUACUGUGCGAUUAUGUUUCGUAAUGUUGUUGUUCUCCGAUUUUUGUCGCGCGGGUGCCAAGACGGUGGUGCGUGUCAAGACCCCGAUACCGACGAGGACAUGUAUCGAACUUAUCGUUUGGACCAACACUUCUCUAGCGCGCACCCCGUUCCAUGGCUCCGAUCCUUGCUAUUCUGAAUGCAGUCAAGGCGGUGAUGCAAGGUGAUUUAGACGCACACCCACAUGUGCGAUCCUGCGCAAUGCAUACAUUCUGUAGCGGGCGCCCGAACACUUCUACGUACCGCAGCAACAGGAUCGCAACACCACAAGCACAGAAACACCCCCGCCGCGAAGUACUGAACUCGAGAAGCGGGAUUUUCUCGCAGUUUCUCGCAGUUCGUCGACACCAAGGCGGCAAAACAAUCACUGCGUAGAACCUGCUGGACCGACUGAUGAGUGCGUCAGUACGCCUGGCGUCCGUGAGUUGGCGCCAUUGUCCGUGGCGGGGUUGGUCAACAGUCAUGAUUCCGACAUAAGAGGGGGCUCCAGUAUCAGAGGGUCGAUAUCGGUUGUCACGGACUCAACCCGGUAUUAUUAUGUAUUUGAGUGUAUUCGAGUUAAAUUACCCUCACAGACUAUCCCGGUGAAAAAUGGGGCUCUGAUAUAAGAGGGUCGAGGGCCUUUGUCACACCACCCUCUCGUAGCGGAGCCACGACUAGGCAGUGUUUCUUCCAGCGCUGAGGCUAGCUCUGUCGGGCGAGACAACGGGGUGCGGUCAGAUUUUGUUUCACCCGUUUCCUCGCGCGCACCGAAUUUUCGAAGAGUCCGCCUCGUCACACCUCCACGAACUCCGUUCCCCCUUUGCUUCAUACUCCGGAGUAGUGCUCUCACCAAUGUGGCGGAGAGGGGACAACCUUCAGCGAGUACGCUGUCGUGCGUUGCAUGAAUGCGUGCAUACCGGACCUACUUACAUAGUAGAUUCGAUAUCCUGAGCGCAUUGUCGUAGACAACCACCUCGUGAACGCCUGACCAACCAACGGUACACCGAGAGCUGCGUUGUUCGACACCAUACUUCCUAUCACCACCCCUCAACUCUCCCCCCAGGAUCAGACAGUGAUGGAAUAACGUGCACCGCAAGCUUUCACACACUAUUUGGGAACCAACCGUGAUUCUGUCGCCCUCCGCCCUUCCAGCGGUUUGUUGUGGUCCACCAACGGACGCGAACAUCUUCCUUGGUUCAGAAUAACAUGGAGAUACCUUAAUGAGAGGGUCAGAUCAAAGAAAACAUUCGCCAAGACCAAGGUAGCACUCGGUAUUAUUACCGUCGUGAAAGAACCGCUCUGGUGGGCGGUAACCGGAAAACCGCCGGACUUCCCCCGUUUAUAGUUUUCCCCCCAAGCACAAGUCGUUACCUGUGAAAAAGGCAACACCACUUACCGCCAAAAAAUUACCGCAGUAUGGUACUAUUACCGCCCCCCUCCAAAAGUCGUUGAGGGAAAAUUUUUCUACUUUCGUAGAUAAAAAUCGAGGGCACUCGAUGUGGAAGAUUGAAAGAAGUCUGAGCUGCUCCUGUGAAACGAAGGGGCGAUCUGCCUUAUAGGUCACCGUGUCCUAGAAAAAAGGUCAGGGGUGGGCUUCGGUCAGGCGACUGCGCGGAAAACCCUCCCGCCCUCUCACGGGGGUUUUCGUCAAGGGGACAAGGAGCGGCUGCUAGCAGCAGUGUCGUCAAGGAGUGAUGCAAAAGGAAACUAUAAGCAGACCGCAGGACCAGCCCACAGUUAGUUGGCGGCCAGCUAGCCAGCUGCCAGUUGUGACGUGAACCCAUGCUCAACGGCUUGCCUAGCGGACGGACGUGUUGUUAGACUCCGAACGUCCGGCCUUUCAAUCUAGAAAGCAACGGUGCGUUUUCCUGUUUCGAGUAAGAGUCCCUGAAGUGUGCACCAGCGGAGGUAUUUUGCUCUUAUUUCAAUGUGGCGAGGAAUUGCCAAGCGUGGAUGGCGUUGGUCGGCCUUACUACACCCUAGUUUCAUGAAACGUCAAAGGUGAGAGUGAGCCUCGGGGGCACUCUUUCACCCUCCGGCUGGCCACAGUAGGGGGAGGACCUUCUUUGUAAACAUCUUCAGACCUGGAGAACAUGGUACGUAGGGUCUCGGAUCUACAUUGGUUGUAUGUUCGGCACUACCACUGGGAAGUGAUUUCUACGGCGGCAGUAACCUUUGCAUUUGGCCGGAUCUAUGCUGUUUGUUCGGUAGUUCUUCGUGAUGAAU